GACUGACGAACUGCGGAGAGCGAACGAGUCACGUCUCUAGAUUAGAUCGAGUAAACUUCUUGUUCUGAAGGAAGUUUACUUUCACAGCCGUUCACGCAUUUCCGCCCACAUCUUUUUGAGGGGGGUCAGCAGCACUGGAGAAUCGUCUGAUACAGAGAGACUCGUGCAGAUGUGUUUCACUGCGUGCAGGCGCAGGUGGACUACACAGCUUUAGAGAAACAGCUGUCUCAGCCAACACCUUUACUCUCACCUGCUUCAUUUUCAUUUAUUUUUUAACCCGAACUGAAAAUUUAAUUUGAAGACGAAGAAGAAAAAUCUGAGAAAAUAAUAUUGCUAUUAAUAAAACAAUUCUUCAUUUCUUCAGGUGAAGACAGAUUCAAAAAGGUCAUUGGACGUCUUUGAGAGAUGUUUGAGAAACAAUCCUACGAUAGUCCCCCCAUGUACACCCCGCCUUCCAAUGGCUUUGAACCACCAGGGAGCUUCCAAGACCCACGGAGUGAAUUUGAUCCCUACCCUCCAGCUCCAGGAUCUUACUAUGUGGGUGAGGAGGUACCACAGCAUUUCUACAAAUGGUUGUCUCCUCCGGGAAUUGUGAAGAUUAUGGUAGGAAUCGUUAUAAUCCUCUGUCUGGGAAUCUUCGCCUGCGUGGCCUCGACUCUGGCUUGGGACAUGCAGUAUGGAUUAGGUUAUGGAUCUGGACAAUCCGGCUAUCCUGGAUACGGAAGUGGAUAUGGAUACGGCAGUGGGUAUGGAUACGGAAGUGGAUAUGGAUACGGAAGUGGAUAUGGAUCAGGAGGUUACUACAAUUCUUACCCGACCCCUUACUCGGCAAAGACCAGCAUGAUUGCUGUCGCUGCCAUAAACUUCAUCAUCGCUUUGGGGAUCUUUGCAGCCAGCUUCUCCAAAACAAACACGUUCCGCAGCAGGAAGUUCUACCUGGUGGUGCUUGUUGUCUGCUCUAUAAUGGCAGUGAUUCAGGGCAUUAUAAACAUUGUGUACAUUGUAGGAGUGAACCCUAUGGCCCAAAGCUCCUCCAGCUCAUACUACAACCCCAUGCUUAUGAUGUGUCAGAACCUCUAUGGCAGCAGUGUGACAGGAACAGGGGCCGGCUUUCCCAUCUAUAACCAGUACUUGUACCAUUACUGCUACGUGGACCCUCAAGAGGCAGUUGCAAUGGUUUGUGGGUUCAUGGUUGUGGUGGCACUGGCUGUGGCGGCCUUCUUCUCCUAUAGGACCAGAAGUAAAAUCUGGCACUACGGGAAACCAAACAUCUACUGGGAUCGACCGCUAAUGGGAGGAACCGAGGGCAGAGAUGUGGAGGAUUGGGUCAACCAUGUACAGGAUGGACAGAGCGUGCAGGAGGCAUCCAUGGUGUUUUCAGAGAAGAUGGCUCCUGUUCUGGCUUCGGCCCCCAGUGUCGGCUCCAUCCCCUUAAAGACGGGCAGUGUCUUUAGCUCUGAGUCCCACAAUGUUAUCGGUUACCCUGAGCGCUCUUUUAGCCACCCAUCUCACUCCACAUCCCCAUCUGGAGAAGUGAGCUCCAGCCCCUCCGACCAGACAGACACCAUCCACAAACCGUCCACCUCCAGGGGCAAGAGACUCAAGAGGAACCCUGAGCUGGACGAGUCCCAGUACGAAACUGAGUACACAACCGGAGGAGAGACUGCCAAUGAUUUUGACGAAGAUCUAUGGACACGUCUAUAUCCAGAGAUCACAUCUGAUGCCCAGCGACACAAGUAUAAGAAAGAGUUUGACUCAGACCUCAGGACCUAUAAGGAACUGUGUGCCGAAAUGGAUGACAUCAACGAUCAGAUAAACAAACUCAGCAGAGAGCUGGACACACUUGAAGAAGGCUCGUCCAAGUACCAGGCUGUAGCAGAGGAAUAUAAUCGUCUCAAAGACCUAAAACAGAUGGCAGAUCAUCAAAACAAGAAGCACCAAUGUCGCGAACUGCGCCACAAGCUUUUCCAUAUUAAACAAAUGGUUAAGAUCUACGACCGCCGUCAGUAAUAAUGAGCUCCAUUAAACCACCACACCUGCUCUCCUUGUUAAACACUUCUGUAUUUAACUGACAAAGCCUUCAAAUGACUGAGUGACCAAAGUUGCCCGAAACUGCUGUAACCAUGGCUUCACCCAGUGCUUAUGAUUAACCUGAGCCCUAAAGAUGGUUGGAAACAAGGUCCAGAGAUUCCGAAACUGGUCCUUCCAAAGUCUUUCCAUUACCUGCAACUUUCUCUCACACUAAA